AUGGAUUCUCAAAAUGUUGGGGAUAUUGACAUUUUUCAACAAUGUAAAUAUAUCCAUGAGGUUGGUUUUUUAUUUUAAAUUUUUGGAAAACUGGAUCAAUUUUCAAAUUUAAUUUUUAUGUUCAAAGUCCUUUGAAACGGUGAAUUUUAUAAUUUUUUUUCGUUUUGAUUUAUAAAUAUACAGCACUUUCUUCCAACAUAAAUUUGACUUUUGCAAAUUAUUCGAAGCAUUUUUGAAACGUAGAUUUUUUGAGAUUUUCGAAAACAAUAAUUUUGUCAAUAGUAUGCGACGACUCAUCAGAAAUUCAAUCUGAAAUUCACUCUUUUCGAAUUUUUGAAACGUAGAUUUUUCGGGUAUUUUUCGGCUUAUUAUUCAAUUGUAAUGUAUUGAAGUUUAUCAAAUUUUCAAACAGAAAAAAAAUAAUUCGAUAUCGAACUUUUUUUAUUUUUCAGAAGAUAUUAUUUUUAAAGAAAUGAAGUUUUAACAGAUGAAAAAUUCACAUUUGAAAAUCCAGUAUUUUUUGAAACAGUAUUACUUUGCCGUUAUUGAAAAAAAAAACAAUCAAUGGUUUUUACAAAAUUUUGGAUCGUUUUGAGAAAUUUUUGAAACAGUUACAUUAAAUUGUAGAAAAUCAGUUUGAAAUUCACCGCUGAAAUUUAACAACACAUUUUGAAACAGUGAAUUUUUCUCAAAAUUUAAUUUUCAGGUCGAAUUAGUCAACAUGAAGCUCCAGAUGCGAAUUCUCGAAACACAUAUUGAAACAAAAGAUCGACUUUUGCGAAAUUUGGAAGAUAUUAUAGAUGAACAAGAAGCAAGAAUCGCAAAUAUGGAAGACUUCAUUCAAGGUAACAGAAAACUCUUUUCUAUUUUUGAAUUUUUUGUUGUGCUUGUGAUUGGUCUGGGUGUGCAUGGUGUGCAAUUCAAUUCCUUCAUUCAUUCCCAGCCAGAUCAGAUCAGACUAACCCCGCAGUAAUUUUCACGUAAAAAAAAUUAAUGACUAAUUAAUUCAAAAACCUAAUGAAGAUAAAUCUCUGACCUGGGAAUUUUUUGUUGAAGGAAAAGAAUUGCAGGCCGUGCUUCGAGUUAUACGAAACGCAAUCAAAUGCUCAAGGGUAUUUCAGUUCUCUCGUUGGAUUUUGGCACACUUUCUGAAGAGAAUAUGAGGCUAAAAAAUGCGCUGACUCAAAUGCAAAAAUCGACAAGGAUGAAUGAAUUGCUGGAAACUGAUGAGGAUUAUGAGAGUAGCGAUUUGAUGAGUUGUGAUGGAGGAACCGGAAAUGGAAGGUGAGUAUACAUAUGGGGUUUGGAGGUCGUGAGAGAGAAUUUGCAGAAUUUGGGAAAUUUCUGUAUGAAAUAUAUCAGUGUUACAAACAAAAAACAAUUUUUUUCAAAAAAAAAUUCCCGAAAUUUUAAUUCAUAUUGUUUACUGUUUCAUAUUUUCAUUAACAAUUUUUGAACAUUUAGUAGGUUUGAUUCUGUCGAGAAGCAGCAAAAAAUUGUUUUUUCUAAAAUUUCACUGUUUCAAAAUAUUGAUAAUGAAAAUUUGAUCCAAUGUCUUAAUACUAGUCGGAUUAAAAAAAUAUUUUUUUUUUAAUUCCACUGUUUCAAAUUUUCAUUAACAAAUUUUGAAAGUAUAGACAAUUUAAUCCUGAACUUUUCUUUUAUUUCAAAAAUUAGGAAACGUUUUUCGUUUGAACUUUUUCUGAAAUUUUUACUGUUUAAAAAAUUUUAUAUUGAAAUUUCAGUAAAAUCAAACUUGAUCUAAUGUCUUCAUACCACUCUGAUUAAAAACAAUUCUGAAUUUUUCUCAAAAAAUUAAAAUUAAAAAAUAAAAUUUUUUUUAGAUAAAUAAUUAUUUCAUAUUAUGCUUUGCUUUUUCACGAAAAUUCUGUAAAAAAUCAUUCACCUUUCUAAAACAUUACAGGUUCAAAAAAUAAAAUCAAUAUUAAAAUUCACAUCAUCAUCAACGAAAAAAAAUAAAAUUCCAAAAUGAUUCAGAUCCACGUCUCCACAACCAACUUCCGAUGUCACAAAAUCAUAUCCUUUGAUGGUUCAAUCAAUGCGCGAAGAAUCACAUUGGAAAAAACUUCAGAGAUGCGCAGAAGAGCUAAAGUCUGAAAAAGACGAGUUACGUCAACUCGCUUUAGACACAAAAGACGCAUUUAAUGUUUGUAUGGGAGAAAUGAAAAUGAUGCUAACAUCAAAAACCACUGAUUUCUUCCGAGUUUUAAUCGAAAGAUACAAAGCUGAGAUGGAAAAACGAAAACAAUUGCAUAAUCAAUUAGUCGAACUCAAUGGAAAUAUUCGAGUUUUCUAUCGAAUUCGACCAUUGCUCAGAUUACCGCAAAAUAAUGAAGCUGAAGAUGGAAAUGAAAAACCAGUUGUGUUUAUUGAUGAUAUGGAUAAUGGAGUUGUUCAUGUCACAAAUACGAGUAAUACCAAAAAAACAAGUGCCAGUGCUGAUAAAGUUAUUCCCACGGAUUUUUCACAGGAACAGAUUUUUGAAGAGGUGAGAACAAUUUUUAUAGAAAAUUUUCCCUGUUUAAUGAAUUUUUUGAUCUCUGAUGUGAGUAAUUCUCGAAAUUCUAAAAAAUAAAAUAAAAAUUUCAAAAAUUUUGACUGUUUCAAAAAAUUUGAAAACAAAAAAGAACAAAAAUCAUUGAAUAAAUUUCCUGAAAAUUCACUGUUUCAAAAAUUCAUGAAAUUUUUGAGAUUAUUUUUCGGAGCGAUAAGCUUAGUGAAUAUUCUCCGUUUGGAAAUGAGAUUCACCCCGCGAAAAAAUAAAUUUGAAUUUGCUGCAGGAGACGCAGACAGCGAGAGAGUGAACUGGCAAACAGCCAACGGGGGUUUUGUAUGGGAAAGCGACCGCGACGCACACGCGUCGCGGGGGUAGGGGGAAAUUAGAGAUUUUCUCAAAUUCAAAUUUAUUUUUUCGCGGGGUGAAUCUCAUUUCCAAACGGACAAUACGUUGAAAUUUUCUUGAAAUAUAAUUUUUUGAAAACAAAUUUUACUGUUUCAAAAAUGCACUAAUUUGUUCAAUACAUUUUUUGUCAAUUCAUUUACGUUUUGUUAAAAAACAAAAAAAGUAAUUGAAACGGAAGAGCAUUCUCAUUCCUGAAAUAAUUUUUUUUUAACUUCUACAUUUUUCAGGUCUCUCCAAUAAUCACGAGUUGCAUUGAUGGUUAUAAUGUGUGCAUUUUUGCGUAUGGUCACACUGGAAGUGGAAAAACUUAUACAAUGGAAGGACCUUUAGAUGCACCCGGAAUAAAUCAAAGAGCAAUUAUGCAACUUUUUGAAACAGCAAAAGAUCGAAGCAAUGAUAUUUCAUAUAAUAUUAAAGUUUCGAUGAUGGAGAUUUAUAAUGAGAAAAUUAGGUGAGAUCGGGGAACUUUAUAUAUUUUUUGGAUAAGAAUACUUAUUUUUGUCUCGAAUUUCCAUUGUUCAAAAUAUUUGGAAAUUAUUUGAAAUCUUGAAAAAAAGUUGACUAAAUUUCACAAUCAAAAAUAUUUUCCAGAGAUCUUCUGAACACUGCAAAUUCCAAUCUGAGCAUCCGACAAACUGACGAAGGAAAAUCCUCGAUUCCUGGAUUGGAAGAAGUUUUAGUAACAUCGGCACAAGAAGUGACUGACACUUUGGCGAAGGGAAGAAAAAAUAAAGUUGUGGCGGCGACUGAGGCAAAUAUUGAGUCGAGUAGAUCGCAUGUGAUUGUUAGAGUUGUUGUAUCGGCGACUAAUUUGAUUACGAAAGUUACAACUGUUGGUGAGUUUUUUUUUGGGGAUAUUUUUGGAGAGAAACACGGGUUUUUGGCUCAUUAAAAUUCUGGGAAAAUAAUUCUUGGUUUUACUGAAUCUCCCGGGAAGUGUACGUUUCAAAAUUUGUAUUUUAUGCAUAAAGAAAAAAAUAAAUUUAAAAAAAUGAUGUACCUCUAUGUACAAAUUUUAAUUUUCGCAGGUCGUCUCAACCUUGUCGAUCUCGCUGGUUCUGAAAGAGUCUCCCAAACCAACGCAACCGGUCAACUUCUCAAAGAAGCCCAAGCAAUCAAUAAAAGUCUCUCGGAACUCGGAAAUGUCGUGUUGGCUUUACGCCAAAACCAAAAACACAUCCCAUUCCGAAAUUGUCAAUUAACCCGAAUUCUCGAAGAUAGUCUAAAUGGCGAUUCGAAAACUCUGGUUUUGGUGCAUUUGAGUCCGGAUGCAAAAUCUUUGAAUGAAUCGAUAAGCAGUGUGAAUUUUGCGGAAAAAAUUGGACAAGUUUUCAAAAGUGGAUUCAAACGAGAUGUGACAAGAAAAAGUAUCAGCGGACCUCCCAAGAUUCCAGCAUCACCAAGGAAAUAA